ACCAAAUACCAUUACCAACAAGUCCUCUUAGCUUCUUGUAUCCUCAAAUGAUCCCAACUUCUAGGUCCGCAAAAUGAUCCCAUCAUCCUCUAGAUAUCCACACAUUCAGACGUUGUUAGUCUCUUGUGUUCUUCUCUUCUUAGUCUUCAAAGUCCAAGCCAGGUGUAGAACAGGUUGUGACCUUGCCUUGGCUUCGUAUUAUGUAUGGCAAGGAUCAAACCUAACUUAUAUCAGCACCAUCUUCAACCAGAGCAUUACUGAGAUCCUUCGUUACAAUCCUAAUGUCCCAAAUCAAGAUAGCAUACGUAGUGAUACAAGACUCAACGUACCCUUUUCUUGUGAUUGCUUAAAUGGUGAUUUCUUAGGGCAUACCUUUUCUUACAUUACUCAAUCUGGUGAUACUUACCAUAAGAUUGCAGGGAAUGCCUUUUCUAACCUCACCACUGAGGAUUGGGUUCACAGGGUCAAUAUUUAUGAUAUCACUGAGAUACCAAACUAUGUUCCUAUUAAUGUAACAGUGAACUGUACAUGUGGAGAUAAGCAGGUGUCAAGGGAUUACGGAUUGUUCGCGACCUACCCUCUUCGGCCCGGCGAGAACUUGUCAUCCUUAGAGACGGAGUCCGGUGUGCCGGCUGAUUUUCUAGAGAAGUACAACCUGGGGACGAAUUUUAAUGCAGGGGGUGGGAUUGUUUAUGUGCCGGCAAAAGAUCCAACUGGAAAUUAUCCUCCUCUAAAGAUUGCAACUGGAAUCUCAAGCAGAGUCAUUGCAGGCAUAUCUGUUGCAGGAGUUGCUGGAGCUUUCUUUUUGGCAUCUUGUUUUUACUUUGGAUUUUAUAGAAGGAGAGAGGUUGAGGCAUCAUUGCUCCCAGAAGCAGCAGAAAGCCCCUAUAUUCACCACAGACAUGGGUCUGGAAAUAUAUUGGAGCAGACUUCGGAAACAGCUGCUCUUGUUGGUUCACCGGGGCUAACAGGUUUUACAGUGGACAAAUCUGUGGUGUUCUCUUAUGGAGAACUUGCUAAGGCUACUAAUGACUUCAGCAUAGAUAAUAAGAUUGGACAAGGUGGGUUUGGAGCUGUGUACUAUGCUGAACUAAGAGGCGAGAAAGCUGCAAUCAAGAAGAUGGAUAUGCAAGCGUCGAAAGAAUUUCUCGCUGAGCUGAAGGUCUUAACACACGUUCAUCACUUAAAUCUGGUGCGCUUAAUAGGAUAUUGCGUCGAAGGUUCCCUAUUCUUGGUCUAUGAGUUCAUUGAGAAUGGAAAUCUAAGUCAACAUUUGCGUAGUAAUUCGGGUAAGGAUCCAUUGCCAUGGUCGACUAGGGUACAAGUAGCUUUGGACUCAGCCAGAGGCCUUGAAUACAUCCAUGAGCAUACUGUACCUGUAUAUAUCCACCGUGAUGUCAAAUCGGCAAACAUUUUGAUAGACAAAAACUUCCGCGGAAAGGUUGCAGAUUUUGGUUUGACAAAGCUUACCGAAGUUGGAAGUGCUUCAUUGCACACACGCCUUGUCGGUACAUUCGGAUACAUGCCUCCAGAGUAUGCUCAAUAUGGUGAUGUCUCCUCCAAGAUAGAUGUAUAUGCAUUCGGAGUUGUGCUCUACGAACUGAUAUCCGCCAAGGAAGCUGUUGUCAAGACAAAUGAAUUUAUCACCGAAUCCAUUGGACUUGUAGCUUUGUUUGAGGAAGUUCUGGGACAGCCUGAUCCAAGAGAAAAUCUCCCUAAGCUUGUUGAUGCUAGGCUUGGAGAUGACUACCCUCUUGACUCGGUUUGCAAGAUGGCCCAGCUUGCCAGAGCUUGCACACAAGAAAAUCCGCAUGUAAGGCCAAGCAUGAGGUCGAUUGUGGUUGCACUAAUGACACUUUCCUCUUCAACUGAAGAUUGGGAUGUUGGUUCAUUCUAUGAAAAUCAAGCCAUUGUCAAUCUAAUGUCAGGAAGGUAGCAUGUGGGUUGCAAUGAGAAUCCAGAUUGUUUUCUUCCUAGAUUCAUUUCAUGUAUAAUUCUUUCCUGCUUUAAUUUCUGCAUACCUAUAGAAUUUCUCUCAGGAAUUUUGAAAAAUCAACAACUAUAUUCCAAA